AAACCUUGACCCAGCGUGUGGGAAAGCAAAGGUCUUACAGGUCAGCUGGCUCAUUUUCCUAGCCUACUCACAGCCCUUUUGUAGCCGGGGAGGCUGAGACCCAUGGGGGUGAAAUGAUUUGCCCCCGAUCCUUCAGCGCCAUUGGUGAAGAGUAUUUGGGAGCUUCUCCAGCCCUUCUGACGCAGGCUCUGUACCUCCCCUUAAAAGUCAUUUUCCUGAUGGAGGAAAUACUUUGUGCCUGCCACUGUGCUGGAACUCUCAUGGGGAGAGAUGGAGAGUAGACAGUUUCCCAAGUAUCAGAACAGAUCGUAAGAAGUGUCUGCGAUGGGCAGUGGCUGACUGGGUGAUCGGGGAAGGAUUUUCCGAGAAGGUGACAAGUAGGCGGAUCCUUGAAUGAGAAGGCACUACCACCUGAAGCUCCGGGAGAGUGUCCCAGGCAGAGGGAACAGCAAGUCACAAGACCCCAACAGGGAACCAGUUGAUGGGAUGGGAGAGCUGGUCAGAGGACCUGGUUUCUACCACACUUGGGUUGACGUCCAUGCUUCUGUCUUCCUCCAAAUUACCAUUUACAGCUCGCCACACAACACUUGUUCAAAUGGCUAGUGGGGGGGGGGGAACCAGGAGAAACCCCCAUCCUCCUUGUCCUCUCCCUGAGGGUUUGGCUUGUGAGCAGAAGUUAUUUUUAUGCAAACACACGCUUGAGGGCAAAGUCUCAGGGUGGACAGCGGAACCCACACUCAUCGACACAAGACCGAAAUAGUGCCGUGAGUUCCCAAAGGUGGUCUGACAUUUUAAAGGUUCUGCUCCCCCUGAAGAGGAAACAUUUGAAGGGAACACGAGAUGUAAAAGAAGAAAUCUUCACGGGCGUCUCCAAGGAUGGAAUGCCAACCCAUCCCUCACUGAGACCAUGAUCUCUUCUCAUCCCUUGGAAGUUUCCGUGUUCUCCAGCGAGAAUUCUUCCCCUUCAUCCUGUGCCAUGGGAAAAACCUGAAGGGCAGGCAGAAUUGUUCCCAGACUUGGGGAUUUUUCUGAGGUUUCAGCGGCUCUUACGGGACAUGACAAUUGGAGAUCACUUCUUUUUGUUGUCUUUCAGAGUCGAACCAAAGAAGGCACUUCCUCAUUGUCUAGUGCUUUGGCUCCUGCUCAUUUUUAUAUUUGUUUCCGUUGCUUGUGCCUUAAAACCGUCUUACGUAACCAGAAGACAUCCUUAAAAAGUGUUCCAGCGCGACUUGCAUGCGUCUGGGCUCCGCAGGGGCUCUCCCAUGGCUCUGUGGGCCAGCAGUCCAAGGGCAUUACCAUGAGGCACUGCAUUAAUUGCUGCAUACAGUUGUUGCCCAACAGCGAGCACAAACAGCAGGCUGGCUGCGGAGGAGGCCCCCUUCACAGUCACCUGGAGUGCCCGGCGUGCAAAGGAGAGAACAAAAUUGUGCUUCGUGUGGACGGUAAGCAGAUGAACUUGCUUGCUGUUCUCGAGGUGAGGGCUGAGGGCAAUGAGAACUGGGGCAGGUUUCUGCGCUUCAAGAAGGGGAAGCGAUGUAGCCUGGUUUUUGGAUUGAUGAUCAUGACCUUGGUGAUGGCAUCUUACAUCCUUUCUGGGGCCCACCAAGAGCUUCUGAUCUCCUCGCCUUUCCAUUAUGGAGCCUUCCCCAGCAAUCCCAGCUUGACGGACGGUGAAAACCCGAGCGACACGAAAGAGCAUCGUCACCAACCCUCUGUAAAUAAUAUUUCGUACGUGAAAGACUACCCAAGCAUUAAAUUAAUUAUCAACAGCAUCACAGCCAGGAUAGAGUUCACAACCAGGCAGCUCCCAGACAUAGAAGAUCUCAAGAAGCAGGAAUUGCACAUGUUUUCGGUAAUCCCCAGUAAAUUUCUUCCAAAUAGCAAGAGCCCCUGCUGGUACGAGGAGUUCACGGGUAGGAACACCACCGACCCCUACCUGACCAACUCCUACGUGCUCUACUCCAAGCGCUUCCGCUCCACCUUCGACGCCCUGCGCAAGGCCUUCUGGGGCCACCUGUCGCACGCCAGCGGGAAGCACUUCCGCCUCCGCUGCCUGCCGCGCUUCUACAUCAUCGGGCAGCCCAAGUGUGGCACCACCGACCUCUACGACCGCCUCCGGCUGCACCCGGAAGUCAAGUUCUCCGCCAUCAAGGAGCCCCACUGGUGGACCCGGAAGCGCUUUGGAAUCGUCCGCCUGAGAGAUGGGCUUCGGGACCGCUACCCCGUGGAAGAUUACCUGGACCUCUUUGACCUGGCCGCACACCAGAUUCAUCAAGGACUGCAGGCCAGCUCUGCAGAGGAACAGAGCAGGAUGACUAGGAUCAUUAUCGGGGAGGCCAGCGCGUCCACCAUGUGGGACAACAACGCCUGGACGUUCUUCUACGACAACAGCACGGAUGGAGAGCCGCCCUUUCUGACCCAGGACUUCAUCCAUGCCUUUCAGCCAGACGCAAAACUGAUUGUCAUGCUCAGGGACCCCGUGGAGAGGUUGUACUCCGACUAUCUCUACUUUGCAAGUUCGAAUAAAUCUGCUGAUGACUUCCACGAGAAAGUGACAGAAGCUCUGCAGCUGUUUGAGAAUUGCAUGCUCGAUUAUUCCCUGCGUGCCUGCGUCUACAACAACACCCUCAACAAUGCCAUGCCUGUGAGGCUCCAGGUCGGUCUGUAUGCUGUGUACCUUCUGGACUGGCUCACCGUGUUUAAUAAAGAACAGUUCCUCGUCCUUCGCCUGGAAGACCACGCCUCCAACGUCAAGUACACCAUGCACAGGGUCUUCCAGUUCCUCAACCUCGGACCCCUAGGUGAGAAACAAGAGACCCUGAUGACAAAGAGCCCCGCGUCCAACGCGCGACGUCCCGAGGACCGGAACCUGGGCCCCAUGUGGCCGGUCACCCAAAAGAUCCUGCAGGACUUCUACGGGCCCUUCAACGCCAGGCUGGCCCAGGUGCUCGCGGACGAGGCGUUCGCCUGGAAGAAGACCUGAGGGUCGGGGUCCCCCUGCGGUUUCCACUGUUACCGUGAUUUAAAAAUCUCUCUUUGGGGGGGCGGGGCCCUCUUCCUCAACAGCGUGGAGAAAACCCCCAGAUGAUUCUUCUUCCCCUCCCUAGGCACCUGUUUAGUAUAACCGUUUGUGGUGUGAAACAACCUGGCAACUGACCCUUCACGGGGCUCCGCCAUCCCGGGCCAUUGGAACCUCCACUUGGGAACCGUUCCCUCCUGCGGCACCGUGGCCGGGCCGCGGGGUCCAGGCGGGGGUGGGGGGUGGGGCGGGGGGCACCAGGCGGGGGGUGGGGGGUGGGAAGGAAGCGCGGCUGGGGGCUGACAGUGUGGGAUCCGAGUGAGCGCACUGGAGGUCACGUCGCCACGCCGGAGGUCACGUCGCCACGCCGGAGGUCGCGCCAUCACGCUAGAGGUCACGCCGCGACACUGUCCGAGUUACACUUCCGUUCGGUCCUGAAACACCGGUCGGGCCGAUACCUUCAUUUGGGGCAGAGCGUGGAGACAGACGCUUUCCUUUUUUCUCUUUUACUCCGAGGUCCGCCCUUUCUUCUCUUCAGAUCUGAACCUCGUUAACUUCACUUUUACGAAAGAGAACAAAAAGCCCAAGCACAUUCAUCUCGGAGCCCUCCCAUCCUGUCCUGGUGUUUCGUACGUUUAACCAGAACACGAAUGUUUCCGACGAACCAUUCCUGCAUUUCACCAGCCGUAGCUCCUUUUCUGCCACUUUGGAGGGCUUCUCGAGAGCUCAUGCAGUUUAUAAUCGGGAUACAAACUCAGCUUAUAAAUUAGAAGGGAAAUUUCUGCUUUAAUGCCACACCGAGCAACUUCAAGGAAUUGAACUCUCUCGGAAAUCUAGGUGUCCUGGACCCUCCUCACGCACACGAGGUCGUCAGACCCGGAGGGUGUGUGAACUUCUAGCUGUGGCCACAGACGGGCCCCGUCGCUCUGCCCGCCCCCUGGAAUUAGCUCCUUGCCCACAUUCUCCGCCACGUGUGGCCAGAGGCCCUCCCCGUUUCCGCAAACUACAAGACACGUGUGUCCCGAGGCAGAAACAGCGAGCCACACGUGGGUGGGCUGCGAUUCUUCAUGGGACCUUCCAGGCCGCUCGACUGCUUGGCCCACCAGCGGACGGCCUCAGGGUCUCGUUUCUCGGAGGUGAUGGGGAGAGACUGAUGGGGAGGGGGCUGGAGCCCCGGGUGCGAACUCGGGGAAGCUUCGCACCGGAGUGUUUGCAAGGUGAACCAGAACCUUCCGGGCAGGGUCCCCUACACCAGAGUCAGGAAGCGCAAACGUGCAGGUGCCCGGCCAUCACGCGCAGACGUGAGGAUUUGCUCAGCUCUCCAGCCCCGGAGCCGUCACCUCUCUGCCAUCAGAGGUGGGAGGCACAGCCCUCCGGGAGGCGCGGGGAGGGCCUUCUGUCCGCACUGGCACGGCGGAGCUGUUUUUGCUGCUGAAGACCCGCUUUCUGGGACAGCAACCCUCCGCCCCCAUCUCUCACGGCCGGCCGGUGCUCGGAGCAGGGGCCGGCAGGGAGUCUGGCCGGAGCACAAGGGAGCUGCGGGGAGAUCUCACUUUCAGCGUGUGUGUGUGUGUGUGUAUUUAUUCGCAGUGGGGGGUGAUGUGUGCGCGUGCGCGUGGGUCCGUUCUCUGAGUGGGUUCCCUUCCUGUUGUGUCGCUGAUGAGACGCCCCUGCUCUGGACGCGGCCCUUCCGUGGAUUAAUUUCCCUGCCAAUUACCUUGUCGUUUUCAGUACGUGUUUUGCUGUUCCACUCCAGCCAUAAUUACAACACAGGAUUUUUCCUACACGCUCCUAUGCAUGUGAAUAACAUGCAGUGUAAUUCUGCUUCUUACAGAAGUAUUCCUGGAGGUCUUAUUUCCAAUAUUAUUUGGUUUAUUAUACAAAUCUUUUUAUAUACGCAGGCCCAGCCCUUCCGUGCCAAUCUGUGCCAUCCGGACAGUCUCUCUCAAGGGGCCUUUCUCCAGAGGGCAUAUCUGUUGCCUUUGCUUUCUCACGUUCAGGCCCGGGUCCCCUUGACAGUGCAGGUGCCGUUCCGAGCGGCGGUCCUGGGGCUUGUCAUCCAAAACCAAAGUGAAACGGAGCAUUUCUCAUGACCUGGUAUUGAAGUUACUUUGUGUCCCCAAAGCUGUAUAUCGGAUUGUACUCCAUUGUACGCCCUUAGUAGUGGAAGGUAUGUUAAGUGAACCAGUUAUGCUGUAUUUUUAUUAAUAUUGAACAUAAUUAAAUGUGGACCCCUGUGA